CAUAUGUGCAUGUGACACAAUUCUAACUUUACAUACGACUGCUACCAUAUUAUGUGAAUUGCUCCGAUAAAGCCUGACCAAGUUAACCAUUUUGCAAUAAUUACAAGUGACAAGGGAGCUUGGAAAUCAUUUUCAGAGUACCUGUGGCUUGCAUUAGACAAGAUAACACAAGGUCUCACUCAGAGUUCCAGGGAAUUUAUAUUCCCAGGAUUUUAUGAUUUCCCGGAGUAGCAUUUUAUUACAGAGUGAGGUGAUUUUCAUCUGAUAAACUUGAAUCACCAUCAUGGCCGACCAAGCUGAUCUGGACAUAUCAAUGAUUAUCACUUCUAGUUUAGAUGUCAGAGUUGGAGGGGUUAAAGAAGAUACCAUGACAGAGAAUGGUCCAAUCAAUGGGGACUUUGAAGAGUUGGCUGACUGUUGCACAUUAAUCACUAUAGAUGAUGAGUCACAUGAUACACCAGACGAGAAUUACGAAUUGAAAAUGGCGACCAAAACAAGGGUGGUGCUUUUAGCCUGUGGAUCAUUCAAUCCCAUAACCAACAUGCAUCUAAGAAUGUUUGAAAUAGCCAAGGAUAGUUUACACAAGACUGGGCGGUUUGAAGUGAUAGAGGGCAUAGUGUCACCUGUGAGUGAUGGUUACAAAAAGAAGGACCUCGAACCAGCCAAACACAGGUGUGAAAUGGUACGGAGAUCUCUCAAGACAUCUUCUUGGAUAAGACUUGAUACUUGGGAAAGUGAUCAGGAUACUUGGACAGAGACAGCAAGAAUUUUAGCUCAUCAUAAAGCACAACAAGACUCUAUAUAUAAUGCCAAUGAACUUAGACCCACAAGAAACUCAGAGCUACCAGCUAAGAAGAAACGAAAAACAAAUGCUGGAACAACUCAUGUGUCCUGCAACAUGCUCCACAACCAAGCUGACGGCCAAGGCCCUGUCCAAGUGAAGCUUCUUUGUGGAGGUGACCUGCUGGAGUCUUUUGCUGUGCCAGGACUCUGGAAGCCUGCUGAUAUUGAAGACAUUGUAAGGAACUAUGGCCUAGUGUGUAUAACAAGAGAAGGAUCAAAUCCAAGCAGGUUUAUUUAUGAAAAUGAUGUGCUCUCCAAAUUCCAGUACAAUAUUCAUAUAGUCACAGAGUGGAUCACCAAUGAUAUCAGUGCCACAAAAAUAAGGAGGGCACUAAGGCGACAAGAGAGUGUUAAGUACCUAGUCCAGGAUGCUGUAAUAGACUAUAUCAUGAAAAACAGCUUGUAUGGUGUGGAAGUGGCUGACAAGUAAGGGCAGAGUAUACUGUGUACAGACAGGUUGUGCAUUGAUGAAGUGAUUGAAUGGGUCUAUAAAGCUAUAAAAAAAAAACUUUAUGCUCAGUUCCCAUCUAAACUGGUUCAGUGAUAAUGAUUUAUGCCCCUUCCAUCAAUCAUUUCAAAUGGGUUGUUGUAAUACUCAUCUCUAAGUCUAUUGAUGUAAAAGGUGUUUUUUACACCUUAACAUGGAAGUGCAUUUACAUGCCAAUUAUGUUAAAAACACAUGACAGGAAAAUUGUCAGCUUUACCAGUUGUUGCUGAAGUGUGUCAACCUCACCAAGAGUUUUUGUGGUUGUAUGCAUUUCUGUCAGAUAGUGUUGGAUAUGGAUAUUAAUAGCAGACCUAAAACAUGUCAAUCAGUGCUGUAAUAAAUAGUCUAUUUAUUAGUUCAUUUUAUGGCAAGUUUCUGACUAAGCCAAGUAUUGAUUUUUAUAAUGGUAGAACAUUGCCCAUGAACUAAUGACUAUGAACAAGGCAAACCUCUGUCAACAAAAGUUUUAGGUUAACGUAAUAGUAAUAACAUGACUGUGGAGCUAUUGUCUCAAUCACUUCCAUUUUAAAAUGUUACAAGUAUUAUCGAGAGCAAUGUCUGUGAUAACUUGGUUUUUCAUCAAUGAAUUCAAAAAAUGAGCCCCAAAGUAUGAAUUGCCUCAACACUUAGCAGUGUGGUCAGUCUGUUUUUCUGGUGUUUGUUAGAAUGCUGAUGAAUGCAAUAAUAUGAUCCUGCCUGGCAAAUGCACACAUUGGUGUUUUCUUACAAUUUUGUGAAAUUUUAAUAUUAUGGUGUUUUAAGUUUCUUUUUUAGAAACCUUGAAAUUGUCUUGUUCUUGAUGUGCUUGGGGUUUUAUAAGGACACUGGAAACAACCAAGCUGAUUAAGAAACAAGUUGGCUUUUGUUGAAAUGUACAUGUACAUGCAGAAGACUGACCCUUUUAUCCAAAGAUAGAUUCUACUCAAAAUGCUCUUGUAAUGUGCAAACCGAUUCUAACAAAUAGUGCAUUAAGUUCAUACCAUGUACAAUUAUUACCUAUUAGUUUCCAGAAAAUAAAGGAAAAUGAAUUAUUUCACACCACUUUGAAAUAUAUUCAGGGAGAAAUAUGUUAGAUUUUAUUUAUUGAUCUAAAGGCAUACAGAUUUGAUUUUUGAUAAUGUGAAUCUAAUCAGAGCUUUUGUAAGCUAUUGGGAGAAUUUUCUGGUGUAAAAUUCGUUGGGCAAUUUGUAAUCUGGCUUUCAGUGGUAUACAUUGCCUGUUGUUUUCAGUUAUAAUUUUGUUACU